GCACCAUCAAAACUCCAAGAGGAGUCGCCAGGCAGCCCUGUCAACUGAGCCACCUACCUUUCCCUCCCUCCCUGCUCAACGAGUUGCCAACCUUUAUAAAGCGCACACCUUUAGACUCUCAUCAGGUCACCAAAUAUUUCUCUUUAGUCGAUUCGCGUUGUGUAGACAUAAUCAUGGCGGCGAGUGCGAAACGAAAGCAAGAAGAGAAACACCUGAAGAUGCUGAGGGAAAUGACGAGUUUGCCUGCUAACAGAAAGUGCUUUGACUGUGACCAGCGCGGCCCGACCUACGCCAACAUGACGGUGGGCUCCUUCGUGUGUACCUCCUGCUCUGGCAUCCUACGAGGACUGAAUCCACCCAACAGAGUCAAGUCCAUUUCCAUGACAACCUUCACACAACAGGAAAUAGAAUUUCUACAGAAAAACGGCAAUGAGGUAUGUAGACAGAUCUGGCUAGGCCUUCAUGAUGGGAAAACCUCAUCCGCACCAGAUUUCAGAGAACCCCAGAAAGUCAAGCAGUUCCUUCAAGAAAAAUAUGAGAAGAAGCGAUGGUAUGUUCCACCUGAGCAGGCCAAGGUAGUGGCAUCCGUCCACGCGUCUAUCUCUGGCUCCUCAAACAGCAGCACAAGCAGCACUCCAGAGGUCAGACCUCUGAAAUCCCUCCUUGGGGACUCGGCACUGACCCUCCAUCUCAACAAGAACCCCCCACCCAAUCAGUCUCCAGUCAUCAGCCGUGGGCAAACCCAUCAACAGCACGACAAGAAGUUUGACCUCCUCAGUGACCUGGGUGGUGACAUCUUUGCUGCCCCACCAAAAAUGAAUGCAGGCGCCAGCUCCAGUUUUGGAAACUUCGCACAUUUCAACAGCCACACAACGGCACAGAAUGCCAACACAAAUGCAGACUUUGCUAAUUUUGAUGCAUUCGUGAGCACUCCUGGGUCUAUGUGUGGUUUCCCUUCAGCGCCCCAAGCCUCAUUCCCAGCCUCAAGCACAGGUAGUGCUUCAGGGGGACUAGCAAAUGCCAAUUUUGCAAAUUUUGACAACUUCCCCAAAUCAUGUAGUGCCGACUUUGGAUCCUUCAGUUCGUCCUCCCAGAGUAACUCCACAGGAGCAGUCAGGGACACCGUACAGAGUACUAGUGUCCCUGCCGAUAAAUACGCAGCCCUCGCUGACCUGGAUAACGUGUUUAGCUCUGGCAAAACAGAGCAAGGGGGGGCUAUUCCUACUGGGGUGAGUUCAGUUUCUGCAGUGUCUCAUAACCAACCGGCACCAGGAACAGGAGGAGACCGCUAUGCUGCUUUAGUUGAACUUGAUACAGUUUUUGGCCCCCCAGCUCCCACCUCAGGUCUUUACAACAACAGCAGCAGCACACAGGGAGUUUCCUUUAGUUCAGCGACUGGAGUGUCCGCACAACAAGUACUACCUGGUAUGGCUCAAACGUUUGGGGCAGCCCAGCCAAAUAAUCCCUUUGCAGCUGCUGGUGUUGCAACCGCGCCGACCAACCCAUUCCAGAACAACAGCAGAACCGCCACUGCUGCAGCAGCGGCAGCAGCAGCUGCAGCCUCAUUUGGCACCGCCUCCAUGAGUAUGCCUGCUGGAUUUGGCAACACUGCAGCCUACAACCUCCCUACCAGCUUUAGUGGAACCUUUCAGCAGCCUUUUCCUGGCCAGGUGCCCUAUUCGCAACCUACAGCGUAUCCCCAGCAACUCAAUGGUGGAGGCUUUCCAGUCUUUGGCCAGGGCAAGCCAGUGUUGACUCCUUUUGGGCAGGCAAUGGCUGCUGGACCAGCGGUCUCCAAUAACCCUUUUCUGGGUGCGGGUCCAGCACCGCAAUUUCCAACAGGAGGCUCUUCAACGAAUCCCUUCUUAUAGCGGUCCAUCACAUUAGCUCUUCUUCAGGCUUGAUUGAUGGCACUUGCACCUAUUUCAUCGUUUUAUUUCACAGGUAGCUUUAAAACGCAACGUGUGUAUAGAUUUGUACUCCACUAAUCGACCAUUUUGCGGUGUUACAGUCAUGACACUGCUUAUGCUGACAAAAUAAUGUGAUGGUGAGUGCAGACGGAGAGGUUGAUCCCCUCCUCCCCAUUCAAGUGAAUGGCUCAUCAAACUGGCUGAAAAUGUGGGUUUGCAAGGGUAGUCAAUCUAAAAUUCAGUGAACAUUGUUUCCUUCAGCAAAUCCACUCUUUGUGCAUAUCAGUUUGUACACAGGUUUUGUUACAACGGAACUAUUGCUUGGAAAAGCCAAUGGGUACUGCCAUCGAUAUUGUUUAUUUGUGCAGAAUACUUUUCAGUGAACCGGACAAAUAUUGCAUGUUCUCUUGACAAAUAAGGAAAGGGAGAAAGGAAUGGUGCAAUGCUCUCUGCCA